ACAUCUAAAUGUUUAUGGAGGACUGGGGAGGAAUGGGUCUAUUUAAGGAAGUCUAGCCAUCUGGGGUUAGACAGCAACUUGGGAUCACUUGACUGGCACAGAGUAACAGAUCCUGCAGUGUGUUGGACUAAAUCAGGCAAUAAGCACCUGAGGCUUAGGCCACCAAGGCUGGUCAAGAAAGUCCUUGCAAGAAUGGGUCCAGAACAAAAGAUUGUUGAGAUAGCUUCCCUGGACCAUGUUAGUUUGGAAGGGAAUAUGGGGUUUACGUCUGGUCUCUUCAUAGGACCUCUUUAGUCCUUUUAGUGAUUAGCAGUUCCAAGCCUCAUGGUCAUGGCUGAGGAUCAGUGGCAGGAGGAAGAUAAGUUGCUGAGAAGAGAUUGCACCCACAAGAGGCUAAGGAUGGGUUGGUAGCUCCCCAUGCAGUGCCCUCCAGGGGCUCCCCAGCCAAAGCUGAGGACUGCCCUUUACUAGUCCUGUCUUCUUCACACACUAACCCCUUUAGUAACUCUCCAUUGCUGAGGCCUUCAGGCCCCAGCACCCCAGCGGGAGCUCUGGGAGCUCUGGGCCCCAAACCGGUUUUCCCACCCUGCCUGGGGCUGGCACAUCACUUCUGAAGUUCCGCCUAACUGCUGCUCACCAUUGCCACCAAGUUUUUCCUCUCCCCACCCUGGAAUGUUAGGGAGUGGGGAUAUCCAGGUCAUCUUUUGUCCCUUGCCUGCCCUGGGUGGGGGUCCCUUCUAGAGGGGCUAACUUUCAUUCUUGGUCUUCUGUACUUCUGACAUUUGAAUCCCCUCGAAGGGAAUUAUAAACAAAGGGACAACAAAAAGGAGUUGGGAUUCCCCUUGAUAUCAACCCCUCCCCCAAUCUGAGCUCUGGAGAUGAAGACCAGAAAGCUUAAAGGAAGCCCAGCCUAACCCCUGGGCCUUCUCUGGAGUAGGGAGGAGGAAGUGUAGUGGCCUUUUCAGGUGCCCCUGGCCAACCCAGGCCCCUUACCUCAAGUACCAACAAGGCAAAUCACUUCCAUGUGUCCCCUGCCCACAGGAGCACCUCUUUUGCUAUAGCUGAGAUGAUCUCACGGAUGAUUCCACCAGUUGAAGCUGAUAGGGCCCUUGCCAUGAGCCAGGCUCUAAGCACUUUAGAAGAUACUUGCAAAGCCCUUUGAGAAGUCAUAACAAACAGGCCUAGAGGUUCAGUGUUGUGACCAAAGCCAAUUAUUAGUCUGUAUUGAUCACUUCUGUAGUGUGAUCUCCUUAGGUUGAUCCUAGAAGUAUCCAGCUUCUGCUACUCUGUACCUCUUCUGUAAGGAGGGACCCAUAUGCCUAACCCUGUUAAGGGUAAUGCUGAUUUGAAAUGGAGAAAAUCAAUUUCUAGUCCAUGGUAAAACAGUUCCUUGGAGGGAGAUGAAGGAUGUGUCUGCAGGAAUUGUUUCUGUAUCUGUAACCAACUUCCAUCCCUCCUAUACAAAUACAGGUCUUAUGGAAAUAGUAAGAUUUUCCUGUUUUGUAGUUUCUUUCCCAUCACCCCACUGAGACAAGUAAGAACUGUUCAUAUUUCACAAAGGAGGAAAUAGGUUAAGGAGGUAAAUAACCCGCCUGCAGUACUGGCCUUGAACUCUGGUGUUCUCUCUAGGAGGCUGGGUUACAUAUUCAAUGGCCCAGCAAGACAUUGAGAUGGGCUAUGCUAAUGGCAAUGAGUACAGAGCUUUGGGGAGGGAGUCAGUGAGGAAGCACCGCUGUACAGCAUACCUCACGGCCUAGAUGUAGCAAAUUAUUAACGGUGGACCACUACUAAAGCUGACAAACAUGGAAUGCCUUCAUUUAAGAAUGACAACUAAAAGUGUACAGAAGGGCCAUCCCAGCGUUGGUGAUGCUAGUGCAUAGAUACAGGUGGCCUGAUUGGCCUUGGCCGAUCCCACGCUUGGUCAGUGGCUGCUCAGCAGGUGGCAUAGGCUCAGAAGUGAUGCCUUCUUGGAGAGAGGAGGAUAAGGGCACCUAACUGCUUUUUCCAAGCUGGGGCCCAGGGAAAAGUAGUGCGGGGAAAACUACAUGUCCCAGAAUCCUCUGCUCCCAGGCGAGGCCCGGUAGUUGCCAUGGUUUCAGAAAACAAUAUGGCUGCUCCCAGACGGGACGUGAGUCUCCAGGUUAGGGAGGCAAAGGAAGUCUGGAUUCCUACAGAGGCAAGAAAGGAGGCGUUUGAGGGGUCGUAAGACUGAGGCUGGAAGCUGCACAGCUAGAACGGCCUACCCUUACCAAGGACACCAAUGGCUAGCAACAUGGACGAAGAGGCUCUGCAUCAGCUGUAUUUGUGGGUAGACAACAUCCCUCUGUCCCGACCCAAACGAAAUCUCUCUCGUGACUUCAGUGACGGAGUCCUGGUUGCAGAGAUCAUCAAGUUUUACUUCCCCAAGAUGGUGGAGAUGCACAAUUAUGUCCCUGCCAACUCCCUCCAGCAGAAGCUCAGCAACUGGAGUCACCUGAACAGGAGGGUGCUGAGCAAGCUGAACAUCUCGGUACCAGAUGAUGUCAUGCGCAAGAUUGCACAGUGUGUCCCAGGUGUGGUGGAGUUAGUGCUCAUCCCACUGAGGCAGCGCCUAGAGGAGCGGCGAAAACGCAGGAAGCAGGGCGCUGGCUCCUUACAGGACCUGGCUCCUCAGGAUGUCAGUGACUACAUGGAUGUCGGUCUAUCCCAGAAGGCCCGAGGGGAAGGUGCUCUUGACCCCCAGGGAGGCAGCCAUCUCAGAGGGGUCCGGCAGCCAACUCCCCGGCCUCCUGGGUAUAACCAGGCCCAGCACAGCGACCCAAGUUUCGUGCUCCAGAUUGCUGAAAAAGAGCAGGAACUGCUGGCUUCCCAGGAGACUGUGCAGGUCCUGCAGAUGAAGGUGAGGCGCCUGGAGCAUCUGCUUCAGCUCAAGAACGUGCGCAUAGAGGACCUGUCCCGGCGGCUCCAGCAGGCUGAGCGCAAGCAGCGUCAGGAAGCUGCCUUCAGAAGCCAAGGGGCUCACCUGGGAGUGGUCUUAAGGAUGGAGACCACAGCAGCUGGAGAGGAAUAGGUGAAGAAUAGCAGCAGCCAGGAAUAGGGGACACAUCUGCUGUGCCCACACCGUGGCCUUCCUCACCUGUGGGGUACUGUUGGGAGUGCCUGGGGAUGUGGGACAGGGUGGGCCCUAUUAAAGGUGGCACUGUGCUUUUUUUUCCCUGUGCCUGCCUCCUCUUUUUGCCUGAGUCCCUUAAGGGAAUGGGUUCCUGCCCUCUUUGUCAUCUAACCCUUAUUCCCCUGCCUAGAAGAGCCUUGUUGGCUCAGAAUGAGUUUCAUCCUGUUGGUGUUAGGUCUGUGUUCCCACUGCUGGGUGGACUGACCCUGGAUUAGAUUGCUUCCAAAUCUGCUUUCAAACUGUCCUUCAACUUUGUUUAAACCCAAGCUUCAGAUUCUCUCCAGCGGUACCACACACUUGCCCUCCAACCUGCCCAUGGUCUGACCCUUUAACUUGACCUGUAUGACUCCCAACCCUGCCCACCCCCUGGUCUAUGGGCCAAGGCCAAGCCUUCCUUCCAAUGUUGACCAAGACACUAUGGUGCCCACUUAUAUGACCUUCACACAGAUGAUUUGCUGAGUACCAGCAAUGUUGACUAUGUAUACAUCAUGAGAUCUAGUAAUUCCAUUCUUAGGCAUACACGAAGAAAAACUUAAUCUUUGUGUUCUGUGUCCUGGGAAACAGUUCACAGCAGUGGUCAUAGCAACACCCUUUGUAAUAGUAAAAGAACUAAAAAGGACCCAUGUAGUUAGCUGAUACAGUGUAACAAAUUACUAUCCAUUUAGAAGUGUGCUUAUUAUCUCACUUUUUUUUUUCCUGUGGGGAAAGAAGCCAGGCUGGCUUCUCUGGGGCCUCUGCUUCAGGGUUUUCGAUCAAAGCUGCACUGAAGCAUCAGCCAGAAUUGUGGUCCCAUCUGCAGGGACAGCUGAGGAAGGAGUCAUAUGCAUGUUGAUUGGUGACAGGAUCUAGUUUCUGGUGGGCUGCUGGGCUUCCGUGUUUUGCUGGUUGUUGGCUGGUAGCUGCCUUCAUUUCCUUACUGGAUGGCCUCACUCAAGGAUAGUAGCUUACUUCACCAAAGUUAGUGAGGGAGACAGUAACAAGUAUGUAUAGUAGCAUAGGCCUGUAAUCCCAGCACUCUGGGAGGCCAAAGCAGGAAGAUGCAAGUUUGAGCUAGC